CGGAGGCGUGUGUUGCUUUUUGUCGUGUUUGUUUGUCGCUAUUUUGUAAUUUUUAUAUUUUCGUAUUUCGGCGUAGUACAGGCUAUUCUAUUCGUAUCAUCAUCGAUCUGUCGGGUUCGAAGAUUCUCGGAGCCGCAGGGAAAGGGGGCGGGAUUCGUCGAGAGGGUUCCAUUCCGUUAGCGUGCUGGCUGGCUGGCCCCAAGGCGAGGUUGGUAUUGAUAGGAUGCCACAAUACCUGGCGGCGGUUAUAAUUUUUGCUGCGAAUUUUCGGGGGAUGUGCAAAGUACGCACGUAAUCGAGGAGGAGGAGGAAGAGCAGGAAUCCGCUCAGAUUCACUCUCAUCGUGUCUUUGCUGCUGCUUCGAAGUUUUGGUUUGUUAGAAGGUGAUCUGGAUAGUUCGUUUUUUUCAGUAAGUUUUUGUAGUGGUGAGCGCUGCUGCAACUGAUGUGGUGUGUGUAGCCUAGAGUUGAAUUUCAUAUAUCUGUGGGUUUUGUUGAUCGGCCUUUCCAGUUGGUUAGAAUCUGGAACCCUAGCUCGUCGGUUAGUUUAGAGUUUCGUGGGAGCGUGGAAGUUGGUAGUGCGUUAUUUAUUUAUUUAUUUAUUUAUUUGUAAUUUUUGUUUUUGGUGUUUCGGUUUUUUGGAUUAUGGUUUUUGGAAUUUGAGUGUGCGAGGGAAUCCUUUGAGGGAGAAGAAACAGCGCAGUGUGUUGCGGGUUGCAGCGGCUCGUUGCUUCAAGGUGCUCUUGGUUAGUUGCGGGUGCAGGAAGUAGUGUGGAGUGCAGUUGACUGGGUGAAGGAGUUUGUUAAGCAUCGUACAACGUGAUCCCUUUCCGUCCACAAGCAUGAGCGCGGAGACCGCAGCCAUGGAGUCCAGGAACCCGAAGGUGUUUUUUGAUAUCAGUAUUGGCGGCGAUAUGGAAGGUCGGAUCGUAUUCGAGCUUUUCGCGGAUGUUGUACCGAAAACUGCUGAGAAUUUUCGCGCCCUGUGCACGGGAGAGAAAGGCAUCGGGAAAAUCUCUGGGCGCCCCUUGCAUUACAAAGGCGCCGUUUUUCAUAGGGUAAUAAAAGGCUUCAUGAUCCAAGGGGGAGAUUUUGAGAAUGCAAAUGGAACUGGUGGCGAGUCUAUAUACGGCAAGACUUUUGAUGAUGAAAACUUUCAAAUGAAGCAUGAACGGAAGGGUAUGCUGUCUAUGGCGAAUGCUGGUCCAAACACCAAUGGAUCCCAGUUUUUUAUUAUUACUAAUCGAACUCCACAUCUCGACGGAAAGCAUGUCGUGUUCGGAAGAAUUUUGAAGGGCAUGGGAAUCGUGCGCUCCAUUGAGCACCAGCCAACCGACAGUGCCACCAAUUUACCCUUAAACGAGGUGCGCAUUGUGGACUGCGGUGAACUGUUGGAAGGUGCAGACGAUGGCGUCGUGGGAUUUGCACAAGACGGAGACACAUAUCCUGAUUGGCCUUCCGAUUUGGAUACGCAGCCAGCUGAUGCAGCCUGGUGGGAAACAGCUGUUGGUUCAGCCCGUGCUUUUGGGAAUGAGUUUUUUAAGAAAGGAGAUUACAAGACUGCUCUAAGAAAGUAUCGUAAGGCGUUACGAUAUCUAGAUGUAUGUUGGGAGAAAGAGGAGCUUGAUGAAACAAGAAGCAAUUCACUGCGCAAGAUGAAAUCACUUAUAUUGACCAAUAGUGCUGCUUGCAAGUUGAAACUUCAAGAUCCCCAAGGCGCCUUGACCGAUUGUGAAUAUGCUAUGCAAACCGGAGUUGACAAUGUUAAAGCACUUUUCCGUCAAGGCCAGGCUCAUUUAGCGAUGGGCGAUAUCGAUUCAGCAUUGCUGAGCUUGACUAAGGCCUCUAACAUUGAACCGAAUGAUGCUGGGAUUAGAAGAGAGCUUCUAACUGUUCGGAAAAAGAUCAACGAGAGGAAUGAGAGGGAAAAAAAGUCCUACGCACGAAUGUUCAAAUAGAGGGAUUUUUCAAUUUUGCCAGUGUAUUAGAAGACAGCUUGCAGGUUUUGUCGCUACCUUACAAUGGAAGAUUGAUUUAAAUUUCGCGAAUGCCAGGGGUGCAAUCAGACGCAGAUGCAGAUGCAAGAUGGCUUCACACCAAGUGCGCAGUCACGGAAUUGGCAUACAUGUUGAAGGUUACAUAGGGUUUGUGAUAUCUUUCCAGACUUCGAAAGGCGUCAUGCAUAAGCUGCAUCAUUUAUCAUCUAUGCAAUCAAGUCCCACAUGAUUUUCUUUAUUUCAUCUGGUGAAGCAUUUAUGGCGAAUGAUUAACAUGGCCAUCCUCCUCGAGAGGAUAACAUCAGUUCCUGUUUACGGAAGUUUAGUGCUUGCGAUCUUCAACGUUGGUUGAUGUUCAAGUGAGUCGUGCUUGUGUAAGGAAACUUUGAAAUGUCGA